AUGCUGAUCAACCGAUGCUUGCGCCUUUGGUCAUGCGCGAGGACAAUACGCGCCGAAUCCCUGCGUCUGAAUGAGAUCUCCAGCCGGUGGUUUCAAUCCGGUGCUGCGAGGUACAGCCAUCAUGGGCCCGAGUUUACAGGGCCACCUCCCACCGUGGCCGUGAUCGGUUCGGGACCCGCGGGCUUCUAUACUGCUCAAAAAUUGAUGCGAGAACUCCAUGGCACCCGGGUGGACAUGUACGAGCAGUUACCCGUCCCGUUCGGGCUGGUGCGGUUCGGAGUGGCACCAGACCACCCAGAAGUGAAGAACUGUCAAGACACAUUUGAAGAAGUCGCCGCAUCUCCUGACUACACGUUCAUUGGCAACGUGAACCUCGGACACGACCUCCCCCUGCCACUGCUCGCCAAACACUACGAUGCCAUCAUCUUCGCAUACGGUGCAUCCAAAGACCGCAAGCUGGGACUGGAAGGAGAAGAUAAACGACACAUCUACUCAGCCCGCGCCUUCGUCGGCUGGUACAACGGGCUCCCCGAAUAUCAUGACCUGAAUCCGGAUUUGACGGCCGGCGAGACGGCAGUCGUCGUCGGACAGGGCAAUGUCGCGUUGGAUGUGGCCAGGACGCUGCUCAGCAAGGUCGAAGUACUAAGCAAGACCGACAUAACGGAUUACGCUCUGAAGACACUCGCCAAAAGCAAGAUCAAGCAUGUCCAUAUUGUGGGCCGACGAGGGCCCAUGCAAGCGGCCUUCACCAUCAAAGAAGUCCGCGAGCUUUUGCACCUCGAGGAUGUCAAUUUCCAUCCUAUACCGGACGACCUGUUUCCUCCGGAUCUGUCGAAACUGCCUCGACCGCGACGAAGGCUGAUGGAGCUGCUGAAAAAGGGCAGCCCAGUCAACGAAAAGGCGACAAAAUCCUGGUCACUGGAUUUUCUUCUUGCCCCAAAGUCUCUAGAGUGGUCGGCGACAGACCCAAAUCGACUGGAGGGCGUGAUCUUUACCAAGACUAAAUUGGAAGAUCCGGUUUCGCCCGAGUCCAAAGUGACCAACACGGACGAGACGCAGCUGAUUCCCACGUCUACGUUGUUUAGGUCUAUAGGAUACAAAGCGGAAGCGAUUCCAGGAAUGGAUCAAAUAGGCGCCGAAUUUGAUGACAGAAAAGGAACCGUUCGUCACGAUGGAGUCGGGCGAGUCGUUCCAUUUGGUCAGACUGACGCCGACACGGCAGGCAAUGUCGCCGUGUACUGUUCCGGUUGGGUCAAGCGUGGCCCUACGGGCGUGAUUGCCAGUACUAUGACGGACGCGUUUCAAACGGCUGAAGCGAUCGUCGAAGAUUGGAAGAGAAAUUACGGCAGUACCGACUCAUCGUCGUCCAAACCUCCUCGCGACGGAUGGCAGGGUGUACAGGCUGAAGCGCAGUCGUUGAAGUUGAACCUUCGUCCUGUCCACUGGGAUCAGUGGCACAAGAUCGAUGCCGUCGAAAAGGCAGAGGGUGCAAGACGAGGCAAGCCGAGAGAGAAAUUCGGCCGUGUCCCUGACAUGCUUGCUGCUGCUGGUGUUGAAGCUGAGCAAUAG